AUGACUCCGCAAGGCUCCCCAAAAAGUCUCCCAAAAUCGCCUCCCAACACCGAAAAAAAGCUGCCCAGUCGUCCCAUCGAGUUUGCACUCGUCGAGCCUAUCAAGGGCACCUGUGAUCGAGAUGGCAAACAGAUUGAAGCUUGGUGUCUGCCUGGUCCGAACCAAGUCAUCCUCAAAUCCUGGAGCCCAGAUGACCCCAUUUUCUUGCACUCUGACUUUGCAGACCUGAAAGGAACUCGCAUGACCUGUUUCAAAUGUGAUGACUUUGUCAUCUUCGUGUCCAAAACAAAAGUCAUGAUGGCCCGGCUCAGAAUGGACAAUAUUUUCAACGGAGACAUCGAAGAGGCACAACAACUAGGCAAGAUUGCAGAGGAAUCCCUGGACUGGACCGGGUCUGUCGACUGUAUCCUCCUCACACCAGAGCUAACCACUUUCGACGACCUUGGCUCUUCCGACCCCUCCAUGCAGGCCGUGAUCGAUGCUGAGAAUCAUUAUCUCUCCUCUAUCAAGCGGUGGGGAAGCCGCUUCCGUCAGCGUGAACUGGAAGAUUUCUUUUGGUCAAAGUGGAAGAUGGCUCGACACAUCAGUUUAACCGUCAUCCCCUACCAGCCAUUUCAUGACACAAGAAUUCCCCAGUGCUCCUUUGUGACGCUUUUGAAUGAAAAGGCAAAAGAGGUGUUGGAUAUCAAGGAGUUUGUGAACCUGUCCAAGGGUGAACCUUUUGUCUCUCGUCAGCACAGAAACGGCGACGACUCUCCAAGGCUUUCGACCAGGAUUGGCGGCUACGGGCCCUGGAAACAGAUAUCCGUCCGCAGCGUCCAUCAGGACAUUUCUAUUCUUACGAUCGGAUGCAGUGGCACACAGCAUUUUGAAGACCGCGAAGAAGUCCAUACCGAAGAAGGGAAAACCUACCAUCGAAGCUUUACCAUCGUGUACAACGCAUGA